UUCAACAUGCCACAUAUUGUUAUACUAUAAUACUAGUACAGACUGUUCCCCGUACCGUACAUAUAGCCAGCCAAUUGUUUGAUCAACAAUAGAGGUGAAAUCGUUCGCUAUUGAUAUGUCCUCCCACCUAUCGCUACCCGGCUUUCCUCACUGCCCACCAAAUUUAAUUUUUUUAAAGGCCCACUAGUGGGCAAUAGCGCCCAGGUUGGCAAGCUCUUCGCCACAAACAGUGUGUGUUUUGAACUACUUAACAGAAUGCCAUGUACACAACCCAAUAACUGCAAAACUCUGUAGGCUACACGGUGUUCAAGUCAGUCCACAUUCUAAUGGUAAUAUGAUACCCAACGAUAAGCUGAAACAUCGAGCUAGUGUGCAAGUCAACAAAGUGGGUAGUCCCGAUUCGAAUUCUCUGUGGGGUUUUCUUGAGUUUGAGUUGUUUGGUGGAUUGUUUGAAGUGUUUUCAAGAUAUCUCCUCGCCCACUUUGGUUUGACCGUCAGAGAUGGACGCUAGGUCGGAGGUCCUUCUUCUUUAAAUGGUAUAACUACUGUAUUACUAGCAGCUAUAAUCUGAUAGAUUUUAUGUCGAUGCAACAGCGAGUUCCACUUGCUGUAAAGGCCCGUAUUUGUUUUCUUAUUCUACGGCAUAAGCCCAAAGACCAAGCGAGCGUUCUACUUUCAGUAUCUGUCUUUUUUCUAAUUCUAUGGAAUGAACCCGUAGAUCUGUCCAGUGUCUAGCGCAGCGCACUCCUUCGCCCCUCUCAGUCUCCGAGAGCUGAUAUUAGGGCACUACUAAACCAGUUGAUAAAGUGGGACGUUUUUCAAACAAUACUCACAAUAAUUACAAAUAACGAUCGUCUUAGUUGUUCAAGAGUGUGCUUGUCACAUGAGGCGGGGGUAGAUCUAGAUUUGUUCAUCAGGUGACGAUGAUGGCUGAACUAAAGCAACAACAACGACAAGUAGCCUAUAACAAUAAAUAACGCCAGGGCACUGCAUGAUAAUAAAUUAGGCUACAUUCACUGUCUGCGGCUCUGCCUUAUCGGGGCUCUGGACGUUUUUUUCUGCGCGUGUUAAAUAAUAGAAAUAUCACUGUCCUCUUCUGUGGGCACGAAGAAUAGAUUAUUUUACUACACUGGUGAGGACUGUUCGGUUGUGAAGGAACGACAGGUGUAUUCAUUUGUGAUAACAAGAUUGUUUCACUCAAACAGCCGUGGAAGUUUGACUGGGACAAGACAACCCAAGGCUGGGUGCUCUCCGCUCUCUUCAUGGGUUACUACAUCUCUCAGUUGCCUUCUGGGGUGGCGUCCGCUAGAUUUGGGCCCAAACGAGUGGUGGUCAUUGGUCUGAUCCUUGUGUCUAUUUUCCAAGUGCUGGCCGUCCCUGCAGCUCGCCUGGGCCUUGGCUGGCUGUAUGCUGACCGCGCCAUAACUGGACUCAUUGACGGAUUUCUGUACGCACCGACAUUCGCUCUGGUAGGCCAGUGGACUCCACGCUAUGAGACCAGCUUGCUCUUUGGCAUCGUGGGAAUGGAUCCGGAUCCCAGUGAAGGAAAUCCUCAAGUCAAUGCCUGUGUGGGCUAUUGUAGUCUCCCAAAUUGGCUCGGACUGGCUGUAUUACAUGCUCAUUAGCGUCGGACCUAUGUAUCUGAAAGACGUCAUUAAGCUCUCUGAUUUUGAGAAAGAGCGCUCGGAGUGGCAGCUGGCCUAUUACAUCACUGUGGGCCUACAGUUCUUCUCGCUUUUCUUCUACUGUGUCUUCGCCUCGGGAGAGCUCCAGCCCUGGGCGCUACACACGUACAAGCACAAGUACGAGCAGCUGCCGGGGAACAACAACGACGAGGACGAGGACAAGAACAAGCAGAAGAUGCUGGGCUUCUCCGAGCCUGGCACGUCGUAUUCCGGCCAUUCUGGGUCGCUUGAUUCUGUAGGAGAAGAGAAAAAGAAGGCGAGGAAGAAUGACGACCUUAUGGCGACCCUAGCGGCAUCGCUGGUAGAAACUUUGCCUGACGUGGAGGCUGACGGGUUACGUGACCCUUCUUCUCAGCCUCGCUCUCGUUCCAACACUCAACAAGCGGUAGUCAUAAUGUACUCCGCCCCAGCAGAUGAUGACGUGAAAUUGGAGAGUGGGAAUAACCACCCUGUAGACUACAAAACAAGCCCGAGUUCAGGGGAACGACAGCAAUCUGUCAGUCUGUUGGACGAGAUUCUGCAAGCGGACAAAGAAGGGGGCGUAACUCCUACGACAACAGUGUUUUCCCCGAGCCCUGAGUCAGGACACGAAAGACAAGGUCAAGGACAGUACAACCACAUUCCCUUCUCUCCUUCUGGCCAGGCGAAAUUUAACAACACCAAUGGUGAUGGACAUUUGAUUACAGAAGCAGGGCAUAAUGUGGGAGGUUUGAACUCAGACCCCACUCAGCAGAAACUCUCUUCUCCCAGUGUCGCCACAAUGCAGAUACACACGUCUGAGGCUAUUGGUAAAAGGUCAGACAUUGAUGACGUCAGUCCUGUGAGUUCUGUGUCCUCCUCUAGCCUGCCAGAAUCUGCAACUAACCAUAAGGGGAAAGGGAAGGGAGGGAAAGGGAAGAAGUCAAAGGGAGGGAAAUCUUCCCGAAGCGAGUCGAGCUCUAGCGGGGGGAGUUUUUCCGGUAGCAACAGCAGCCUCAACGACAAGGGUAGAGAAAACGAAAGUGAAGCCCCCACGAUAAGAAGGCGAAGGGCGGCUAGUGAGGGGAAGGUUGAUGACUCCGCUAGCCCAACCGUUUUAGUGAAACCAGAGAAUGUAGCAAAUGGUGAUGGUAUCCAUUCACAAAACAGUAGCAGUAUUAUGACUCCAGUGAACGAUUCGUUAGCUACAAAAUUCUAACCUACAGAACAGUCUGAGAGUUGGGCGCCAGCAGACAGCGAUGUACAUACAGAUGAUGCCGCUCCUAAACUUAACGUCUUGAAGCGUCUGUUUAACUCGAGCAAAUAAAACAGACGUGUCUCAAAACUUUCUUAAGAUAAACAAGCACACGAUUGCUUAGAAAGGUUGAGUCCGGACAAAAUAUGAAUUCUAGAAGUUUCGAAGAUACGUCUCUCCGGGGUCCAGGUGAGCCGCACUAUUGUCAUGGGUUCACGCGCAGUGGAGAUUAGUGGAGAACGUGUUUCAGAAGAGCGGAAGUGACGUGUUCAGUCAGAACCGGAAAGAAACAUAAACUGUGCUUGCGCACGCAGCUCCACACCCUGUGCUGUGACGUGUACCAAAGAGGUUAUAUAAUAUAUAUUAUUUAUGGUACUAGAGCUCGCAACAGUUACGUCACACGUGUCAGACAUCCCUCAUCGGCACGCGGGCGUGCCCCCAUUUAUAUGAACGAUCUGAGCCCCACCACGCUCCCCACGAGCUCUCGUAAACCACCACCCCCCUCCCCCCAUAUUUCAGUGCAAGCGUGUAGAUUCACCCCUAGAAUACCAACGAGACGCCUCCACGUGAGUCUUGAAAAGUACUCACCCCUCUGUUGAACAGCUCAUGUUUUUCCCUUGAGAUUCAGCGCCCUAGAGUGGGCACACACAGCCCGCGUUCGUUUACGUUAGGGACAUCACUUCCACGAACUCUGGUAUUAAAUAUAACCUCUUUGGACGUGUUCACAGCAAAACAACGCUCCACGAGAUGCUGAUCUGAUUGAGGGCUAUUCCACAGUAAGGGGAUCGUACACAAUUAAUGACGUCGGUUAAAAUUUGGCCAAAAAUUACCCCCGCCCCCGUUGACGUCAACCAAAAUGUACAUGUAUGUUUAGGUAGAAACUAUACAGGAUGCAUUUUGUAUUUUUGCGCGUUUGAUCUUUAUUUUUCCUUCCUUUCUUUUCUUUCCUUUUUUCCCCAACCUUUUAGAGCAUCAUGGUUAACGUCAACUUUGUAAGGACCCCCCUCCCUCAUGUCAACUUUUGUCUGCUUUUCACUGAACCCCCACCUCCCCCUCCCUCUGAGCUGACGUCAUUUUUAACGGUCCCUAAGUGAUGUGAGAUAAAAAUAGAAAUUCCUCAUUUGUCCUGUCAGUUACCGAAACUAAACACGUCACAGA